GCGCACAGCCCCACCACACACCGUGCACACUUCCCCACCCCACGGCCGCACGCACACACGCGGCGCCUCUGAGCCGCUUGCAUUACGGGCAAGGCGGACUCGGGGACCAGCCGCGCAUUUUGAACUGCCUCACCGGCCCUCAACGUUGACCCAAGAAACAAAACUAAAACGAAUAUUCAUAAAGGAGACCAUGGCACGGCAAGACGACGCGGACGGAUUUGCCAAACCAUAUUAUGGAUCCAUCAUGGACGAUGAACGGAUGACGGCGGAGCAGAUGGAUGCGCGACGGCGCCAGAACGUGGCCUACGAAUACCUGUGCCACUUGGAGGAGGCGAAACGCUGGCUGGAGGCUUGCAUUGUGGAGGAGCUGCCCCCCACCACAGAGUUGGAGGAGAGCCUGAGGAAUGGGGUCAUCCUCGCCAAGCUGGGACACUUCUUCAUGCCGGGGAAAGUGUCCCUGAAGAAGAUCUACGACAAGGAGCAGACGCGAUGCAAGGCGAUGGGUCUGCACUUUCGGCACACCGACAACAUCAACCACUGGCUAAGUGCCAUGGUUGCCAUUGGGCUACCCAAGAUAUUCUACCCUGAAACGACGGACAUCUACGACCGCAAGAACAUGCCGAAGACAAUUUACUGCAUCCAUGCUCUUAGUUUGUAUCUGUUCAAGCUGGGGCUGGCUCCGCAGAUUCAGGACCUCUUUGGAAAAGUCAAUUUCACAGAGGAGGAGAUUGACAACAUGCGCAAGGAGCUGGAGAAGUACGGGAUUCAGAUGCCGGCGUUCAGCAAAAUCGGCGGGAUCCUGGCCAGUGAGCUCUCCGUGGAUGAAGCUGCACUGCACGCGGCAGUGAUAGCCAUCAACGAUGCCGUGGAGAAGGGGGACCCGGCGGAGACAGUGGCCGCCCUGAGGAACCCCAGCGCCAUGCUGCUGGGCCUGGAAGAGGAGCUGGCCGGGGCCUACCAGAGCAUGCUGCAACGAGCCAAGCUUGACAAGGCCAACAGUGCCCGCAACCGGGGGAUGGUUGGCGAUGGUUCCAUAGAGGAGAAGGACGUGUAUGAGGAGCUGCUCACUCAGGCCGAGAUCCAGGGCAACAUCAACACAGUCAACACCCAAGCCGCCCUGGAGCGUGUGGAUGCCGCGCUGCGUGGGAAGAACCCCGAGGAGCUGAUGGAGGCCCUGAGGGCCCGGGCGCUGGCGCUGCAUGGAGUGGAGUUCGGGAACGCGCGCUGGUACCAGGAGCGGCUCUCGUCGGAGCGAGAUGCCAGGGGACAGGACACAGGGAGGGAAUGCCAACUGGGCAAAGAGGAUCUGCAAGCCGGCGUGGAAAGGGCCAACUCGGAGGCGUUACGUCAUCACCUGAUGUUGAAGGCGGUGGAGAAGAUCAAUGCGGCGAUCGGCGCCGGGGAGGCGCAGGCCACGGUGCUCGCUCUGCAACAGCCGGACGCUCAGCUCCCGCCCAUACACCCCUUUGCCGCCUCCCUCUACCAGCUUGAGCUGGGGGCCUUGCAGAGUGAGAUGGGCGAGCUGUCCCACGGGGCCCUGUGUGAGUCCCUGCAGGCCCUCUCCGCCCUGGCCCUCGUCAACCAGGCCCUGGACGCACGUGACACGGUCGCCGUGGCGACGCUGCUAGCCAAUCAGUCGGCUGUGCUGGCGAGCCUCGACAAGGCCAACCUGCAGCGCUAUGUGGAGGCGCUCAUGGAGCUGAAGGCCCAGGCGCUGUCCGAGGGGCGUGAGCACGUCCUGUGGAGCGACAUCCGCGCCUGCGUCGACGACAUCAACGUCACCGUGCAGGAGGAGCACGACCGCGUGCUCGCCAUCGGGAAGAUCAACGAGGCGCUGGAGGAGGAGGAGCCCGUGAGGACUCUGGAGGCCCUGCAGCUCCCGGCCGUGAAGCUGUCGGUUGUGGAGCCGGCGCUCGCGCUGCGCUACCGCGACGUGCUGCGCGCCAGCAAGCGGCGCAAGGCCAAGGAGAUGGCAGACGAGUCGGCGGUGCUGUGGCUUGACGAGAUCCAGGAGGGCGUCCACGCGGCCAACAAGGACAACGAGGCCGCCAACAGCAUGGCGGCGGCGGUGGCGGCGGUGAACUCCGCGCUGGGGGACACCGGUGAGGGCGUGGCCGAGACGCUGCUGGGCCUGCUGCGUACGCCGGGGCUGGCGCUGCGCGGAGUGACGCCCGAGUGCACCGCCUCUUACCACCUCGAGCUCUCCGACGCCAAGUGCGAGAAGGCUGCUGGAGCCAAGGGGGAAAGCAGCGACGGCCCGUGGAGCCGGCACCGGCUCAGGGACGGCUCCGACUUCUUCUUCAACCGGGAGAGCGGCGAGGGCAGAUGGGAGGCGCCGCAGGGCGCGAUGCCCAGCACGGGGCAGCUGAGCCGCGACGAGAUACAGGCAGUGGUUGGCCGCGUGACGUCCGUGUACAACCGUGAGCGGCUGUGGCUCACGCACGAAGCUCUGGUGGCGCAGCUCCAGGCGCGCGGACGCGGGUACCUGGUGCGCCGCGCUCUCGUCGCCCGCCGGGAAUUCCUCACCAACCAGCAACCGGCCAUCACCACUGUGCAGGCCUACUGGCGAGGAUGCAAACAGCGGAAGGUCUUCCGCGCACGGCUGCAGCUGCUCCGUGACAACACGCCAGCAGCCAUAAAGAUCCAGGCGUGGGUGCGGAUGUGGCUUGCUGCCAAGCGCUACCGCGCGCGCCUCCAGUUCUUCCAAGACCACAUACCAGAAAUAGUGAAGAUUCAAGCCUUCUUGCGUGCCAACAAGGCGAGGGAUGACUACAGAAUACUGAUCGGCGCCAGCAACCCUCCGCUGCCUGUGCUGCGCAAGUUCGUGCAUCUGCUGGAGCAGAGUGACUUGGACAUCCAGGAGGAGCUGGAGAUCAUGCGGCUGCGCGAGGAGGUCGUCACCACGAUUCGCUCCAACCAGCAGCUCGAGCAGGACCUCAACACCAUGGACAUCAAGAUCGGGCUGCUUGUCAAGAACCGCAUCACCCUGCAGGAUGUGGUGAUGCACAGCAAGAAGCUGAACAAGAAGAACCGAGAGGAGCUGCAGGGCAUGAUGGUGGCCGACCAGCAGAAGGGCCUCAAGUCUCUCAGCCUGGAGAAACGCAAGAGACUGGAGGCCUACCAGCACCUCUUCUACCUUCUCCAGACGAAUCCGUCCUACCUGGCCAAGCUCAUCUUCCUAAUGCCGCAGAACAAGUCGACCAAGUUCGUCGACUCGGUGGUCUUUACGCUGUACAACUACGCAUCGAACCAACGCGAGGAGUACCUACUGCUCAAGCUCUUCAAGUCGGCGCUCGAGGAGGAAAUCAAGUCCAAAGUCGACCACCUGCAGGAGAUCGUGACGGGAAACCCCACCGUCAUCAAGAUGGUGGUGACGUUUCACCGAGGCGUGCGCGGCCAGAACGCCAUGCAGACGCUCCUGGGGCCCCUAGUCAAGGAGAUCAUUGAGGACAAGUCCUUCAACGUCAACACCAACCCCGUGGAGAUCUACAAGGCCUGGGUCAACCAGAUGGAGAGCCAGACGGGAGAGAUGAGCAAUCUGCCAUAUGACGUCACCUCGGAGCAGGCCUUGGUGCACGAGGAGGUGCGCAAGAGGCUCGAGAUCUCACUGCAGAGCCUGCGUACGGCCACCGACAAAGUUCUUUCCUCCAUCAUCGCCGCCCUCGACAAAAUCCCGUACGGCAUGCGAUUUAUUGCCAAGGUGCUCAAGAACUCUCUGCAAGAGAAGUUCCCAGAUGCAACGGAGGAUGACCUCUUCAAGAUCGUGGGGAACCUGCUGUACUACCGCUACAUGAACCCGGCCAUCGUGGCGCCGGAUGCCUUCGACGUGCUGGAGCUCGGCGCCGGGGAGACUCUGCGGCCGGAGCAACGCCGCAGCCUGGCGUUUGUGGCACGCAUGCUCCAGUCGGCCGCGGCCAACCAGCGCUUCGAGGAGGGCGACGCGUCGCACAUGGGCACGCUCAGCGAGUACACCACGCAGGCCUUCGCCAAGUUCAAGAAGUUUUUCCAGUCGGCGUGCGACGUCCCCGGCCUGGAGGAGAAGUUCAACGUUGACGAGUACUCUGACCUCGUGACGCUGAGCAAACCCGUCAUCUACAUCUCCAUCGGCGAGAUCAUCGACACGCACACUCUCUUGUUGGAGCACCAAGAGGCCAUCGCUCCAGACCACAACGAUCCGCUCAUUGCGCUCCUCGAGGACUUGGGUGACGUUCCCGACAUCUGCUCGCUCGGCGGCGAGACCGAGGGAGAAAACAGUGACCCCAACAAAGAAGCACAGCUGUUGAAGACGGAGGUGUCUCUCACACUUGCCAACAAGUUCGAUGUCAUGGGUGACGACGACCUGGACACCAAGGGCCUGCUACUCAGGACAAAGAAGCUGGUGGUGGAUGUGAUCCGAGCGCAGCCCGGGGAGAGCCUCACCGAGAUCCUCUCCACCGCAGCGAGCACCGAGCAGGAGGCAGAGCACGACCGCGUGGUGCGGCGCCGCGCCGUGCAGGAUGCACGCGCCCCUGAGAAGGUGCGCCGUGACACCCAGGGCCCCCAGGAGUGCGAGCUGUCCCUCGCCGGGAAGAAGGAGCGAAUCCUGUGCAGCCUCGAGGCGCUCGAGAAGGCUGAGCACGUGUGCGCAGCCGACAAGUACCAAGCCUUCAUCAACGACAUCGCCAAGGACAUCCGGAACCAGCGGCGGUACCGGCAGAGGCGCAAGGCGGAGCUGGUGAAGCUGCAGCAGACGCUCGUCGCCCUCAAUUCCAAGACGACGUUCUACCAGGAGCAGACCAACUACUACAACCAGUACAUCCAGACCUGCCUCGACAAUCUGGCCCACAAGGGAAAGAGCGGACGGAAAGGGAAAGCCGAAGAAAAAUCAGGACGGAAAGGAAAGCCUCAGGUUCUGCACUACACAGCUGCCCGCCUCUACGAGAAGGGAGUGCUGCUGGAGAUAGAAGACGUCACCUUAAACCAGUUCAAGAAUGUUUUGUUUGACAUCACGAAAGGAGAGAAAAUUGGAAUCUUCGAGGUGAAAGCGAAGUUCAUGGGAGUUGAAAUGGAAAAAGUGGAGCUUAACUUUCAGGACCUUUUGCAGCUGCAGUACGAGGGAGUGGCUGUAAUGAAGAUGUUCGAACGGGCAAAAGUAAAUGUCAACCUCCUUAUCUUCCUCCUCAACAAGAAGUUAUAUGGGAAAUGAUUUCUGCAUUGGCAUGUUUCCUAUCUACUAACACUUUUGGUAAUACUUUUUUUUUAAAUACCCAGUUUGUUUGUUGCAAGGUAGAAAAAUAAUCAUGACUGUACGAGGAACGAGUUUAUUUUGUUUAACAGGAUAAUCACUAUUAUAAUGUUCAAGUUAAAACAAAUGGUAAGCAGAAUUCAAAUAUUUUUUUUUAUUAUAAAGACAAAUCAUUGUCGAAUGGUUUAUACUUGUGUUGUGAAAUCGCACUUUGUUUUGAUGAUGCUCAUUGGAAUAAAAAAUGAUAUAUUUGAAUUGGAUGUUUUUCAUUAAUUUGAUUAAACAUUAAUUAUCAAAGUCCCAGUUUAUUUAGAAGUUGCGGAAGUACUCUAUAUCUGCCACUAUUUGUUUUACAUAAGGAAAAUUUAUAUAUAUUUUAUAUUUAUGCGCAUUGAUGCAUUUUUCCAUGUGUUUAUGCAUUUGUUUUAAACACGUUAUAAAAUGUGACAUUACUGUGGCUCUGGGCUUCAAUCAAUUCUAUGGAACCAAAGCCAUAAUCCCCUGACAUUUACUUCCUUAAUUCACCACCUAACGGACAACUGAACUUUGCAGACAGACACGGUAUAGCUGGAGUCGAAGGAUAUCUCAUCGUUGGUCAAUUAGAAAAAAAAAUAUCACCCUAUUUAUGAACGAUGCAAAGAUAUACAGUAUUGUAGUAAGCAUGAAUUAAGAGAAAAAAAUAACAAUCCAAAUUUCGUUAGUAAUACACUGCCAAAUAAUACAUGUAUGAAUCAACCUAUUACAAGCUAAGAUUUAUUUGCUGCAUGUCAGCACCUGUUUUAAAUAAAUGCACAAGUGCAUACUGUAUAUAAGUCUUAGGAAGAAAAAUAGCCUCAUUGAUAUUUUUUUGCAAUCACGUUUUUUGUUUGUAUCACUGGAAAAGUUAAAAUUGUUGGCAGUUUCUAUUUUUUUUAAUCAAUAAAAGUUUGAAGAAAACGUUAGCUUAAAUGUGUAUUUAUAUGAUGAUGUUUGCGUAAAAAAAUAUUUUUUAUUCAAAUAAUAAAGUUUUUACAAUUGAUAAUAAUUGGUACAUCACCAACAACUACUGGUGAAAAUGCAGCAUUACAUUACUGUACUUAAGAGUAAAUAUUGAUCGUAUUUACUGCUUCUAAGGUAUUAUCAUGCAACAAUCAUGAAGGUAUCAUCGUAUUUUAUUAUACAUUUAUUUAUGGCGAGCUUCAUAAGGAGUCAUGCACAACAAUUGCUGGGCUUUCAUUAAGAAUAAACAUUAGCUUGUGUAAGUUGAGUAGCUUUCGGUUUUAUAAAAUCGAAUAUCAUCUACUACUGGUGGCAUGUGCUGUGAAUUACUCAUUGUUUUUACAGGAGCAUCCUGCUUAUAUAUGAUUGGAUGGAAUCAGUCAUGUGUAGAUUAUUACCGCUUAAAAUAUAUUCCCUGCAUCGUAAAUUCACGUAUUUGUUGGAGUAUAGAGGAGGUGUUAUUUUUAAAAUAAAUGUUUGUUUAAUCAACCUCGUGAUUUUGCAAUUUACAUGGAAUAAGCGACAAUAUAUUUGAAAAAUAAAAUGAAUUGAAAAUCCA